AUGGAGGGAAACAUCCGGGACUGUGCCAAUCAGUCUCAGUCGAACCUGUCACUAUCCCGCCAUGAAGUGCCCCAGGAUGAAGACCCACGCCGCAGACUGCUUCUGAUAUACAUCCAUGGUUUUAUGGGUUCUGAAGCCAGCUUCCAUGACCUCCCAGCACAUGUUCAUGAUCUGUUGACGGGCUCAUUGGCUGAAACUCACGUUGUUUACACGCGCAUGUACCCUCGGUAUAAGUCACAGGGUGAAAUACAAACAGCAGUGAACCAAUUUAGCACCUGGCUUUCACCACACGAGGCAGAUGACUUGGAUGUCGUUUUAUUGGGUCACAGUCUCGGUGGAAUUCUCGCUGCAGACGUUGCACGUCUAGAAACAGACGGAAGAGCAAAACAUCGAAUUCUUGGAGUUGUGGGAUUUGAUGUUCCCUUCUUAGGCAUCCACCCUCGUGUUGUUCCAACUGGUACAUUAGGCUCAAUGCCCAAAAAGGGACCGGCAACCGAGGAGCUAGCGGGUGCGCAAGAGUCAUUGGGCUUAGACACACCUUUCAAACCAGCCACAUCAAAUCCCAAUUUCGAUCCUCCGUUCAUGAAUGAUGUGCGUCUGGUGGAACGGGGCUUCUUGAAGGGCAUCAUGCACUUUGUCAACAAGAACGAAAACAAUCUUACACGAUCAAUCAUCGACCGGGUUGUAUCGCCUUUGAAGUUUGCAGGGUGUGUGAACAAUUACUCCGAGCUUCGGCGCCGAUACCGACAUCUCAUGGACCUGGAGGCCGCCGAGUCCAGCCCGGAGAGAGUUCGCUUUGUCAAUUAUUAUACCGCAAGUACGGGUCACCCGAAGAAAGAGAAGAAGAAGAAGCCACCGAAAGAGCCGAAAGAGAAGAAGGAGAAGAAAGAGAAGAAGUCUAAAAAGCCCAAAGGCUCGACGGAAGGCGGUGAUGUCAAGGAUUCCGAAGAGCCAACCGAAGAUGCGGAGGGCACUGACCAAAUUAAUGAGACAACAGAAGUCUUGUCACGGGAGUCAGAAGUGUCAAACAACUCCCCUCAGCCAAGUCAGGUCCCAUCACUGGACACAUUGUCUCUCGAAGCACAACCCAUAAAGCCAACAUCUUCUCAUAUCUCGCGCACUUCAGCCGAAACAGAAAAGGCUAGCGACGAAAAGCCCGAGCGCUCAGACGAGAUAGAUGCUACAUUUUCUGGAACGGAUGAGCCUAAAGAUACCCAGUCUCUGUCUGAAAGCCUGUCCAUCACAGAAAGUGCCUCUAUCACACCCUCGGAGUCUGCAGAUCCCUCCGCGCAACACCUUCGCAAAUUCAUUCUCCUCCCUUCGCAUCACUGGAAAUAUAACGACAACUCACAUUGGGUGCCGAUAGUAAUGGAAAAUAUGGACGAGGUUGAAGCCCACCAGUCUAUGUUCAUCCCGCAUGGUGCAAAUUACGAUCAUCUCAUUGGAGAUAGCGUAGCUUUGGUGGAACAGUGGAUCGAAAAUGAUCUCACUCGACGGGCUCUGCAUGAGGGCCUCGAUUAA